GUUGGAAGCGUGUGACCUUAGAAACCUAGGGUGUGCAGCAGUUGUAAAGUCUUAAAUAACGUGCCGGCAUGGAGAAUCCUCCAUGGUGCCGGAGAGAGCUGAGGUAACACGGUAGUUCCGGAGCUGGCCGCCAGGUGGACCAGGUCUCAGCUAUUGACUGCAUGCUGUAUAGAGUAGUGUCCUAAAACUCAAGUAUGGAGAUAGGAUCUAUGCAUUUUGAUAGGAAAUGACAAGAUUAAGGUACAUGGUGUCAAUCACAGACAAAGUCAAACCAAAGUAAUUCAGCUGUAUGCCAUGAUACAACUUUGUUGGGUGUCAUUUUCUUUGUAAUUAAAUAUUUGCUGGACUUCCAUGAUGAAUGGGAAGAUCUUCAUUAUGGGACACCGCUCAAUUUGGCUGUUCAUAAUUUUAGCAUCUGUGCUUACGCUAAUAACUUUUUGCCUGAGCUCGCUUGACAGUACCUUGUGGUAUAAGAUCUUUCAAAUGAACAUGGGUUUGCAAACUGGCCAUGCUGCCCCUAUUACAUGUUAUGACUCCACAACUAAUGAAAUUGAAGACAUAUCUGACGUACCUCCUGAGAAAGAAGAUAAUAUAUUUUUUCAUGAGACAUCCUGUUCCUCCGCUGCUGGAGACGGAGAUUUUGUAUUUACUCCUAGACAAGCUUGUGCUGUAGAAUCCGCUGCAAAAGCAAAUCCAAAUGCUGAAGUCAAUGUUUUAUUUUUAUCCCCUAUAAGAUUAAAAGAUUCUUCAAAAACCAAAAAUUUAGCUGUUCAGGCUUUGUUGACAUAUCCUAAUAUACGUUUUAAGCAUGUUAAUUUGGAGCAUUACGUCAAAAACACACCUUUGGAGGAAUGGUACAAGUCGCAGGCUCUGAAAAAGAGUCUAUGGCCCACAUCCCAUGCCAGUGAUGUGAUGCGGUACCUGACUCUUUGGAAGUACAGUGGUACAUAUCUUGACCUGGAUGUAGUAGUAUUAAAGUCGCUUCAUAAGCUAAAGAAUUGUGCUGGUGCUGAAUCACCAAGAGCUCUUGGAGCUGGUGUAAUUAACUUAGACUCAUCAAAUAUUGGACGAACAAUGGCAGCUUCAUUUCUGCAUGAGCUACGCAAUACUUUCAGUGGAACUUCUUGGGGCUACAAUGGUCCAGGAGUGAUAACAAGAGUUCUGCAGCGGACCUGUCAUGUCAAAAAGGUUCAAGAUAUGACUUCAGAGCAUUGUGGUGGCUUCACUGUUCAUCCACCUUCAGCAUUUUACCCUGUAUCAUUUGAAGCAUGGGAAGAUUACUUUAAUGCAAAUAAAAGUGAAAUCACAAUGAAAAUGCAUACGGACAGUUACACUGCUCACCUCUCCAAUAAAUUCAGCGUGCGGAAAAAUGUGAUUGUUGGUUCAAGACAGCCUUAUGCAUUGAUUGCUGCUCAGCAUUGUCCUGAAGUUUAUGCAACUUGUACUUCAGUUUUCUAGAACAAAGAUUUUUUCCUUAGAGAAUCUGAAUCUCUUUUUUUCAAUUAUGUGCAUCUCACUUUGUUUAUAGUAAUAUUAGACACUCUUAGUCUUAAAUCAACCAAAGUAGACAGCAGCUUAGCUUUUACUAUUUAUUUUUGAUACUUUGUAGAUAUUAUAUGAUGAAUCUAGUCAAGGGUUCUUAUUGUCAUUUCUGAGGUUUUUCAAGCCAACCACUUUUGUACUUAUUUAUUUGUUGCAUUUUUACUUUGUGCAUGUGAUUCUUUUCUGCACGUGAUGGAUAUUAAAACUCAGUACUUAUAAA